AGCAACAAAGUCUGAAACAAAGUGUCCUUGUGCUUUUUUUGCAUAACUAGCUGUGUGUGUGUAUGUAUUUAGUAUGCAGUAUUACACACUGCUGCCCUCCUACACCCCUGCGUAUGGGAUCCAGAGAGACAAGCUGGCCAGUCAUAACAGGAGAAAGACACCAGCUACUCACAUCACACGAUUAUACCACCAAGGGAGCGCACAAAGAUUGGUUAACACGCUGUCUGUGGACUUCUGAUUGAACAGUUGGCGACCCAACUCACAGUCCCUGGUCAUCUCACUGAAAGUUUGAGAAUAUACUGGGAGAAGACUUGACCUUCAUUUACUGAGUGCUCAGCUCUCAACAACCUCCUUGUGAGUAAGACAAGAACAAAUCUGGACUCGGGACUUUCUGAGGAACAUUUUGUCGAUGUUGAGAGCGUUCUAAAGUUUCUUCAGGGAUCAUGGCGUCAACAGGUCUUCAGCUGCUGGGCUUGGUUUUGGCUUUGCUGGGUUGGGUGUUCGGGGCACUGGUGUGCGCGGCCCCUCUGUGGCGUGUGUCUGCCUUCGUAGGAGGAGAGCUAGUGAUUGCUCAGGUGAUGUGGGAGGGACUGUGGAUGAACUGCCUCUCUCAGACCACAGGCCAGAUCCAGUGCAAGACCUAUGACUCCACCCUGGCCCUGCCCAUGUCUGCCCAAGCCGCCCGGAGCCUCACUGUCCUCGCCCUGCUCCUCUGCCUUGUGGCGCUCAUGCUCGGGGUGGCGGGCGCCAAGUGUACGCACUGCAUGGGCGACAGUAACCAGGCCUCUAAGGCUCGGCUGGCGAGGAUAGCAGGGGUGCUCUUCCUUGUGGCUGGCCUUGCCUACUUGAUACCCAUCUGCUGGACGGCCCAUGCAAUCAUCAGGGACUUCUAUGAUCCGAAUAUUGCAGCGCCUCUAAAGAGAGAGCUGGGGCCGGCGUUGUACCUUGGCUGGGGGGCCAGCCUGCUGCUCCUGGUCGGGGGCUCUCUGCUGCACAUUGGCUCUUCUCCACCAGGUGGAAGAGUGCUGCCUGUUUUCGGAGGAGCAGCAGCGAAAGACAACCCACACACAGGGGCAGCAGGGGAGGUUAAGCAACAAGAAAAAUCAUUUGUAUGAGAUCAUUUUAUCGGACUUGUGAGGUACAAACAAACCCAGAGGUCAAAACCUGGUCAGACAAGCUUCUGGAAACUGCAAGAUCACAAUCUAUAGGAAAAUAAUCGGCCUAUAUUUAGUUUUUAAUGAGUUGUCUUAUAAGGCUGAGUUCAUUACACUUACAUGAUUAACUACAUAGUAAUGGGGCUCUAACACAAUUUACAUUAUUUAAGGGCUGUGUGUCAGAGUGGGAGUUAAAAUGAAUUGUGGGAGGAUAUUAGAUGUUUAGAUGUUUAUUAAUGUGUGUGACUUACAUUUCUCAAAUACCACUCUGCCUCUGCUUAUGUGUGUGUGUGUGUGUGUGUGUCUGUGUGUGUGUGUGUGUGCAUGCGUGCGCGUGUGUGUGUGUGUGUGUGGGCGGUCUGUGUACAGAGGGCCAGUGUACAUAGUACUUCUGUGUAUGCUGGUGUUUUCAUUGCAAAUAUGUGGGCAGUCAGUGAUGCUUGUUUAUUUACUUUUAAUGCACUUUUUUUUUUUUUUUGGAUCCCAGGCAAAUUUACUCUUCGUAUUUAAUUCUCAAUUUUUAUUUAUUUAUUUAUUUUUUUAAAUUGUGGUUCUGCAAUUUGCAUAUGUCCAGUGCUCUUUUGUUGAUAUCACUUUAAACACUGUCUUUUAGAGCUUUUUUGUUUUAACGUCAUAUGAGAAAUUAUUAUUAAUAUUUAUGUUAAUUUAUUUUUACUUAUUGUGUUUUCCAGUGGUAACAAUUUUGUUAAUUUAGUGUAACAAAAAAUUUGUGACUGAUCUGAACAAAACGGUGACUGUAAUACAGGUAUAUCAAUGAAUGCAGUAGUUUAAAUUAUAUUUUCAACAUUAUUUAGGUAUUCACUGGGUUACAUGAAAAAAUCUUUUGCUCAGUUGACUUAAUAAUAUUAUACAGUAAAAUUUAUUAAAUACAUGUACAGAAGUGUGACAUUGCAUUUUCCACCUUUACUUUUUUGUUGAUGACAGUCUUUUGAUGUAUAAUCACUUACGCACAAUAAAUAUAAGCAUUUGCUUUCGCCAACAA